AUGCGUUCACGCAGCUACUACUUUGGCUUGUUGUUGGCGCUCGGGGGCACAUUCGCCGCCGCUGGCGGUGACUACCGUGACUACCUUCCUCAAGCCAUUGACAUCAUGGAGCACGCUCCACUGGUCGAUGGCCAUGUGGACUUGCCUUUCAUUAUCAAGUCUUUGGGACAGUACCCCCUGGAGAGCAUUCGCGAGCACAACGAGACGAUGCCAGGCCACAUGGACCUAAAGCGUAUGCGGCAAGGUCGUCUUGGAGCCCUUUUCAUGGUCGCUUGGACUCCUUGCCCACCGAGCCAUAUCGACACUGAGCCACUCGAGUACAUUGACACCGGAGAGGGCGUGAGGGAUACCCUUGAAGCCAUCGACAUUAUCAACGAGAUUGUCGCGACUUCUCCCAACGACUUUGCACUUGUUUCCAACUCUGCGGACAUUGUCAAGGCUGCCAACGAAGGAAAGAUUGGGACCCUCAUUGUGUUUGCUUCUUCUGCGGGCAGUGGUACUCCCCUCAAGGGUGUGUACCCUGGUGACGGCUUGACCGACCUUGGCUAUGCCCUGGUCGAAGAGAUGAACCGCUUGGGUAUCCUCGUCGACCUGUCGCACACGUCCGCCCAGACCAUGCGGGACACUAUCAGGGCCACACGUGCACCUGUCAUGUUUUCCCACUCGGGAGCCCGGGCCGUUCUCGACCACCCUCGCAAUGUCCCCGACGAUGUCCUCGCCAUGAUCGGCGAUGGUGCCGACCAGGUGGACGGCAUCGUCAUGGCCGUCUUUUACCCCAAGUUUGUCGACCCCAACAACCCCACCAUCCAGCGCGUCGCCGACCACAUCGAGCACAUUGCCAAGAUCAGUGGCAAGAAGCACGUCGGAAUUGGCUCGGACUUUGACGGCAUGGACUCGGCUGUCGUCGGUCUCGAGGAUGCCAGCAAGUACCCCAACCUCAUUGCCGAGCUCAUCAUGCGUGGCUGGACCGACUCGGACAUUGAGGGCCUCCUGGGCGGCAACCUCAUGCGUAUCCUCGAUGGUGCCGACAAGACCAAGGAGGAAAUGUCGACGAUGCCUGCGUCUUCGGCUGUCUUGAUGACUCGCCCUGAUCUGCCCUGCACUUGGGGAGGGCCGCUUGGACAGUACCUGCCGCGAGACGUCAAGGACUACCUGAGGCGGACUGCCCAUGACCACUCGCACGACGAGCUUUGA